CUUACUGGGUUCAAGGUUUUCCAAAUUUAGCUCGUUUCAGGAGCAUUCAUAUUAUAGGUAUCCUGGCUUCUGUCGAACUUAUACCUAAUGGCUCCUUUCCUUUACACGAUGACCCAUAUUGGUGGUUGGUGGGCCAGUAUGAUGGUUCGUCGUGUAGAGGAGCCAUAAAAAAUCAUGAUACAUUUUUUUCCAGAUGGUCUGAGCCUAAGAGCAAGGUCUAGUGAGUCUAGUCUGGGUCAAGGAUUGGUAAACAUAAACUGCAUUUGGGCGGCUCGGCUGCACAAAAUGAGGCGUGAGCUCGUCAGGUCGGGCCAGCAGAAACAAACGCGCCAGCCGCAUUCCUCGACUGGGUCUGUCUGUGACUGGGUCGAGCGACUGCGGCGCGCCCCUCGCGGCGGCCCCGCGCCGCGCUCGCAGCCCCCCGCGCGCUCGUCCCGCCUGUCUCCCCCGGACCCCGGCUUGCUUCUUUCUAUACUUCAGUCGUUCGCGCGCGCCUUUUGCGAUAACUCAACUACAUGUUGUUCGCUCCUAAUCGCGUGCUGUGUUUACAAUACUGUGUUGUUACGAAGAUUAACCAGGCAGUGAUCAGUGUCAGUGACGGAGUGUGAAAAAUUGUACAUAGUUUAGUGAAAGGAUUAUUUGUGCACCGUUGGCGAUCGGCGAGACAGCCACGGCAAACGCCGAGCUCAGCUCGGGUCAUGUGGUCAGUGCGGUCAAGCGCCGGCGCGGCGUGAUGCGCGGGGGCGAGCUAGCGGGCCGGGUGGCGUGCUUGCUGCUGCUGACAUGCGCGGCACACGCCACGGCCACCGACGUGGCGGCCCAAGAAGUAUGUCAAUCAAUGGACAUAAGGAACAACCCGGAGUCCAUGCAGAAGCUGAAAGGCUGCCGCAUCAUCGAGGGACAGCUCAGCAUCGUCCUGAUGGAGCAUGUCUCUUCCAAAUACUACAACAUGACCUUUCCCGAACUGUACGAGGUCACCGGCUACAUCCUGAUCUAUAGACUGCAACACGUCGGCAACCUCGGUGACCUGUUCCCCAACCUGUCCGUGGUCCGCGGGCUGCAGCUGUACAAAGACUACUCAGUCGUAAUCUUUGAUAAUGAGAACCUUGUGUCCCUGGGCCUUCGGUCGCUGACGCACAUCGAGCGGGGCGCGGUGCGCAUCCAACACAACGACCGGCUCUGCUAUGUCAAUACUAUAGACUGGGGCAAGAUCAUGGGCGAGAGAGCUGAGAACAACGUUAUAAAGGGUAACUACGACAGCCGCCUGUGCGGGCUGUGCCCUGACGCCCAGGGCCGCGAUCGCGACCCGCGGCACUCCGGUUCCUGCCCCGCCGACGACAACGGCCGGCUGCUGUGUUGGAACGAAAAACAUUGCCAGAAAGUGUGCCCAUCGAGUUGCGGCAACAGCUCUUGCCUCGACGACGGCAAGACCUGCUGCGACUCGCACUGUCUUGGCGGCUGCGACGGGCCCGGCCCGGACCAGUGCCGCGUGUGCAAGGACUACUCGCUCGGCUACGGCAAGAACCGCAAGUGUGUCAAAGACUGCCCCUCCAACAUGUAUAAGCUGUACCGACGCUGCGUAAGCGAGUGGGAGUGCCGCGCCAUGAAGCCGCUGAACGACGACGCCAGCAACCGGCAAGAGAUCAACAUCCUGGCGUACAAGACGCUAAACGACUCAAAAGAGGGUGCGAAAUGCGUCUACAUCUGUCCGAGCGGAUUCCAGGAGUCCGGCGACACGCGGCGGGCGGAGUGCGUGCGCUGCCCCGCGUCGGGCUGCAGCCGCCAGUGCAGCGGCGGCAACAUCGACUCCGCCGCCGCGGCCGACCGCUUCCGCGGCUGCACCAUCAUCAACGGCGACCUCACCAUCUCGCUGCCGGCCACCGGCAACAUCGUGGCUACCCUCGAGGCGGCAAUGAGCGACGUCCGUGAGAUCCGAGGACGGCUCAAAAUCUUCCAGUCUAUGCCGCUGGUGUCGCUCAUGUUCCUGGACAAGAUCGAACGGAUCAUAGCCAAUCCUAAAGCUAACAGUACCGAAGCGUUAACGAUAUACAACAAUCGCAACCUGGAACUGCUGUGGGACUGGGAGAAGCGGAAGGCGGAAAACAAGACGUUAGAGAUCAGGGGGAAGGUGGUCAUCCAGUUCAACCCCAAACUCUGCCCCAGUGAGAUCAAUAUGUUAAAAAACAUCCCCUACAAGAACGAACCCAAUAUAGAAAACGAUAACGGCGAUGAGGCGUUUUGUAACCAGGAAGUCCUCACGCUGGUGCCGACCCGCUUCGAGACUGACCGAGUGGUCCUCAGCUGGAACCCCUACUGCGUCCCAGACUCUCGCAAACUGCUCGGCUACUCGCUCUACUACAUCAUGACCGACCGUAACGUCACGCUCUACGAGCAGCGCGACGCCUGUUCUGACACAUGGAACGUGAUGGACUUCGCCAUUGAAGACAACCGCACUUCGCCUUUAAGCGGCUGCGACCGGCAGAUGUUGUUCAAAGUAGUCGCCAACCUCAUACCGGAUACGAGAUACGCGGCCUACGUGAAGACCUUCACCACGCGCAUGGAUAACACCAAGGGCGCGCAGAGCCCUAUCAUAUACUUCAAAACUCUACCUGGACGUCCCAGCCCGCCCACGGUGACGGUGCGCGAGGACUCGCGCGCGCAGCACAACGUGACCGUGGUGGUGGCGCCGCCCGUGCGGCCCAACGGCACCAUCGUCCAGUACGUGGUGGAGGUGCAGGCCAACAGCUACAACCUGCCCAAGAUCAUGGCCAGCAGCAUCGACUACUGCAGCAAUCCGAGCCUGCUAGCCAACAUCAUAGCCGCGAAAUCCGAAGUGCCGCAAAAGGACGAGACGUCGAUGACGGGCGACGCCAAGAACGGCACCUGCCAAUGUCGAGAGAACACCGAGCGCUCCACCAAGUUCGACUCGCGCGCGGAGCAGGAGCGCAUGGACACCAUCGCCUUCGAGAAUGAUCUGCAAAACUUGGUGUACGUCAAACAAACGAAAACUACAAAAUCCAAGCGAGAGACCAGGAUUCGGCGGUCGAUCGACAACACCGUCGUUAGCAGCAUGCUCGUCAUCGUCACGCCCCCUGAAGGCGGUCCCGACACCAUCUGGAAGGAAAAUGUCACAGACGAAGGCUUCCUACGCACGCAACACUACACACUGCCGGGCUCUACGCGCGAGUUGACCAUUGAGAACUUGCGUCACUUCUCGUGGUACACAGUCAGCCUGUGGGCAUGUCGUGCUCAGCAUCCCAACGAGACGGUCGCGGAGUUCAAGAAGACGCGCUGCUCCGACCGCGCCUUCUACACCUUCCGGACCACUGAGCUGACUUCUGUGGACAUGGUCAGCAAAGUACGGGCGUACGAGCUGCCGUCAAACAUGACGCUCCCGGAUGUGAACGUGACGUGGGACCCGCCCGUCAACCCCAACGGCUUCGUCGUCGCCUACUCCGUGUACCUCGUGCCUGUGGAGGACAACACGAAGAUGCAGUAUGGGGUGAAAAAUCAGCGCUGCGUGCCACAAACGGACUACGAGAGCAACGGGCGAGGAAUAGUGUUUCACAACAUAUCGCCCGGCAACUACAGCAUCACGGUCACGCCCAUCACCGUCAGCGGCGCCGGGAACGCCUCGCAGCCCGUGUACUUGUUCAUUGCGGAACGUGCCGCGGAAACUGGGUACGAAUGGAUAUGGGGAGUGGUGGGCGGCAUCCUCAUAGUAGUAUUAGUCCUGGCCGGUGGCGCGUGGUACGCGCGGCGCGGCCUGCUGCUGCCCACCGAGGGCAACAAGCUGUUCGCGUCCGUCAACCCCGAGUACGUGUCCACGGUGUACGUGCCCGACGAGUGGGAGGUGCCGCGCGCCAACAUCGAGCUGGUGCGCGAGCUCGGACAAGGAUCCUUCGGCAUGGUAUAUGAAGGCAUAGCGAAAGGCAUUGAAAAAGGAAAACCAGAAACUCGAUGCGCUGUGAAAACUGUCAAUGAACAUGCCACUGACAGGGAGCGCAUCGAGUUCUUGAAUGAGGCCUCAGUUAUGAAGGCGUUCGACACGUUCCACGUGGUGCGGCUGCUGGGCGUCGUGUCCCGCGGGCAGCCCACGCUGGUGGUCAUGGAGCUGAUGGAGCACGGGGACCUCAAGACGUACCUGCGGUCGCACCGCCCCGACUCCGACAACUCGCUGCCCAAGAAGGAGUCGGCCGGUCCGCCGCCCACUCUGCAGAACAUACUGCAGAUGGCUAUAGAAAUAGCCGACGGUAUGGCCUACCUAUCGGCCAAAAAAUUCGUGCAUCGCGAUCUCGCGGCGCGCAACUGUAUGGUCGCCGGCGACCUCACGGUCAAAGUGGGGGACUUCGGCAUGACCAGAGACAUUUAUGAGACUGAUUAUUAUAGGAAAGGCUCUAAGGGCCUGCUACCCGUUAGGUGGAUGAGCCCCGAGAGCUUAAAAGAUGGGGUGUUUUCAAGUAGUAGUGACAUUUGGAGUUUCGGGGUUGUCUUAUGGGAGAUGGCCACGCUCGCCAUGCAGCCAUAUCAGGGUCUGUCGAACGAGCAAGUGCUGCGCUACGUGGUGGAGGGCGGCGUGAUGGAGCGGCCGGAGCACUGCCCGGACCGGCUGUACGAGCUCAUGCGCGCGUGCUGGGCGCACCGGCCGGCGCAGCGGCCCACGUUCCUGCAGCUCGUCAGCGACCUGUCCUCCACCGCCGCGCCCUACUUCCGCCACCGCUCCUUCUUCCACUCGCCGCAGGGCCAGGAGCUCUUCGCGCUGCAGCGGACCACCCAAGACGAGGAGCAGGAGCUGCCGGGCGUGAACGUGGGCGCCGUGGCGACGGGCUCGGGCUCCAACCUGUUCGGCGUGUCGGGCCGCCUGGCGUCGUGGGUGCGCGAGCUGUCGUCGCUGCGCUCGCACGCGUCGGACGACGCGGCCGCCGAGCCGCUGCAGCCGCCGCCGCCGCCGCUCAAGCUGCAGGGGCCCAACGGCGUGCUGCGCGACGAGCGCUACUCGCGCGACCCCGCCGCCACGGGCUGCUAGCGCCAGCCCGCCGCGCGCCAACCGAAUCUACCUCCGGUCCGUCGGCCGAGCCGACCGACUUCGAAUCCUAGCCGUAAGCGUAGUUAGCGAAUUAUUCGACGAGCUGCCGAACCCGAGAGUGCGCGUCCGCGUCGCUGUAUAUAUUUUUAAACGAUCGUCGAUUGUGCGUAUUUCGAGCCGAGCUAUUAUUAUUAUUGUUGUCGCGCGUUGCGACGCCGCGUCGCGCCGCUCGAAGCGGCCCGCUUCGUGUCGCGCGAACGCUCCCGAUUUAUUUUUAUUUAUAGCGUAAAUUUAUAUAUUUAAGGGAAAGUUCUUAAAUCUUCUCUGCAUUUAUAACUGUAAUUUAUUGCAUACGGAGUGUGCCGACUUGCAGAGGCGACGUUAUCUAGAAUUUAAAUCUAGUUAAUUAUUUCGUUACUGACGCGACUACGCGUCGACCCGCAUCUGACGACUCGUUUUCAUAUCAGGAAAUUAAUAUUUUUGGCGAUAUUUAAGCCGGUCCGUCGACGGACGCGAAUCCUAUAUAGUUUACCUCAAUCAAUAGUUGUAUCGGUGUCAUAUUUGACAUAGCCUAUUAAUGUUAAGUUUAUCGAGUAAGAUGUAAUUUUUAUAUUAUUGUGUAGGUGUAAGAUCGUGUACGAGUUGUGUUAUUAAUUUCCUGAUAUCGAACCCACGGCCGCCGGCCGCCGUGCGCGACUGCCGCGACUCCAUUAUGUUGACGCCACACCUUUGGGAUGUUUUCUUGUUACGCAUUAUUUCUGCAUCUUGUGCUUUUUGUUGUUAUAAGUGACAUACAUUUUCCUGCCCAUACUGAAAGUUAUGUAAAUUGAUAGUUAUAAAAAUAUUCAAGAUCGCAUAAAACGUUUGUCCAAACAAAUGGUCUUAAUAAUAUAAUAUUGUAAUACUCAUUGUCAGAUCCUUAGUUUUUCAAUAAAUUAAUGGUUUCUAUGGUAUAUAAUUUUUUCAAUCGGAUUUACAAUAAAGACUUGAAUUCUAAAUGUAGCCCAUCUAAUUAUUGUUACUUAUUAUUUGUUAUAAUAAUAGUUCAAAUUAUAGCCGUAUGUAUUGACAUGAAUAAAUCUACCCUUGUAAUUCUUAAUAAUUUCCAGGAUAUAAUAUAUACACUUAUGUAAAUAAUUACUAUGAAAACAAUGUGUUCUAUAUCAAUUAUACAAUAAACAUUAUUGUAAUUUAUAGUCAUCUUUAAAUAUUAACUAUGUUAUUAUUGUUGCAUAUGAAUAUUUACAUAAUGUACAGUUAGUAAGUCGCAUCGUGCAGUAAGUACUAAUGUACGGUAAACAACUGCUCGGAGCGUGCCCACUGUGCGAGGGGGCGUACUCUUUGUUGAGAGGUACAACGACGCCAUAGAUAUCGCGGAUUUUUCAUUCGCACGUUUUGAGCAGACUAUAUAUAAAUUGUAGUCGCGUGACCAUCUUCUGUUUGUCGGAUAUCAACUUAGUUAACUUUAUACGAAAUUAUAAAUUCGACAGAACAGAGGACGGGCGCGUUAAUCAAUGUUUGUAUCUGAAUAUAAUGUGGACUUGCAUAAAUGUAAUUUAAAUAGCAAUGCGAAACAAUGCAAAUAUCUAUAAUUAUAUUAACAUAACUUACGCAAUACUAUUGUGUUAUGUUUUUUUUAUAGGUAUCAAGUAUACAGUUUAGAAAUUAAACAAUGUAGUAUUCCAAUGUAAAUCCCGGAUUGUACUUAACGCUCGCAAGCGAGGUGUCGCACGGCGAACCGAGUGCCUUCACACGUCCUGGAGCGGACGCGGAAUCGCGAUCGAGGCCUCACGCGGGUCUCCGGUUAUAUUCAACAUGUUAUACUUAAAUGACUAGUUCAAAAUGUUUCGUUUCAACAUAAUCGGUAAUCACGCCGCAAGUAAAAAUAUAGGGGCAUCGGAUGCAGCGGCUGUGAGGCGCUGUACUAGUGUUCUAAGUGUAAACGAGUGCCUUGAUACAUCCAGCCUUAGCGGAAUGCGGGUUGGCUGACCGCGCGUCUGCGCGGUCCGGACCGUGCCACGGGAAUACAAUUCGGUAAAGGUUGGGUGGGCAUGGGGCAUGUGUAACGAAUGGCUAGCAGUAAAUAUUGUAAUGGUUUAUAUGAUUCCGUUCGAUGCACUGUGGCCUUUCAUAUCGCGCCCGCGCGAUAUGGCGGCGACGGCGAGCGUGCAUCUUUGUCGGGCUCAAGGCACGUUGCAUUCGUCGUAGUUUAAUAGCUCACCAGAGUUUUGAUUUCAAAUUAUUUUCCAAAGUUGAAAUCCAAAUAAUUCUUUAAUUUUAGAAAGUGCAUAGUGCCUUUUGCUCAAUUUAUGCAAAUAUUGUAGGUAUCGAUUAGCAUAACGAUUUAAAUGUAGAGCCAUGUUUUCGUUCCACCGUUUAUUGCCGAGCAGAGGCGCCGCGCCGGCGCGAACCGACGAGUGGCCCGAGCCACUCCGCGUGCCCCGCUGCGACGCAUGCUCGCUCGGCCGGCAGCGAGCGCUGUCCUGCUCGCCGGCGCGGGAGGGCGCGAGCUCGCACAACGUUGCCUCACACCGCGUUCCCUGCGGCCUGUCUUAUCACUUGCGCUCUUGUUUUCGACAGUAUUUAUUAUAUUGUGAUUUUUCCACCUUUUAUCGUAGCUGCUGUAUACAUACCUCAUUUUAGUAAUUAUAUUAUGCGCAUAAAUUAUUGACUGAUAAUAAUAUAAUAUUUCCAAAUGAUUGUGUUCCUUGUGUGAUGUGUGUGUGUGUUUGUGUAAUGGUGUAAGUGUCGGGGUAGCGUUGUGCUCUAUGCUCAAUUUAGAUACAAUUUCACCAAACUUUUGAGGUAGUGUUCGAUGUACGGGUCAUUCCGUCGAUACGGAAGCAUGAGCGCUCUGUGUCUACUCUUAUAGACUGAGGUAGAAUCGUAUCUGCCACUUCAUACCAUUAACCAUUUAACAUGAUUUGUGGCAUAGAUAAUUUAAAUUAUAAUGAAUUUGUCUACCAAUAGUAACACACUAUAAAUAUAAACUUUACUGCCGCUUUAAAGAGUUCUUUUAGUUGUUACUUUAGACGAUAGAGAUUCGAUAUUUUAUGAAUGGAAAGACACAGCAGCUUGUUUAACUUUAACGAUUAUUUUUUAAAUAGCCUAGUUGUACGCCUUUGGCAGCGCGGGAACGGAAACGAGUACUGUGACCGUAACGGUGGAAUGACUCUUAAUUAUACCUAUUUAAUUUAAUGACAACCGAGUACCUAUUAAUAAUAAUUUUAAUAUUUAUAUUAAUAAAAAAAGUUGGAAAAAUAA